AUGGAAAACAUCAAAUUGAACACAUUUUUUUAUUUAAAGAAGAACAUCAAAGAUCGAAUAAGUUUCCGUGUUCGAUUAAUUGCUUCAUUUGAUUGUAUUCGCUUUCUUGGACGACAAGGUCUUGCAUUUCGUGGUCAUGAUGAGUCCCAAGAGUCUAAUAAUCAAGGUAACUUUCUCGAACUUCUAACGUUUCUUGCUAAUCAUAACGAGGAAGUUAGAGCUGUUGCUUUAAAAAAUGCUCCUGAGAAUCUUAAACUGACUUCGCCAAAGAUUCAGAAGGACAUUGAACAAAUGGUCGUAAUGUUUCGUUAUGUGGAUAAGAGAGGGUGUGUGAUUGAGCGAUUCAUCGGUAUUGAACAUGUUCCUAAUACCACUGCGAUCUCACUUAAGAUAGCAAUUGAUAAGUUGUUUUCAAAGCAUGGGUUGAGCAUAUCCAAAUUACGAGGUCAAGGGUAUGAUGGAGCUAGUAACAUGAGUGGAGAGUUUAAUGGUUUUAAAAAUAUUAUCAUGAAAGAGAAUGAAUGUGCUUUUUUUGUCCAUUUUUUUGCUCAGCAACUACAAUUAGCACUCUUGGGUGAGGCAAAGAAACAUGAUUUAAUAGGUACUUUUCUCACUGUAGUGUCUAAUGUGGUGAAUGUUGUUGGAGCCUCAUCUAAGCGUCGUGACAUUCUCCGGGAAAAACAAUCUCUCAAAGUCAUCAAAGUCUUAAAAGGUGGAGAACUUUUGAGUGGAAGAGGCCAAAAUCAAGAAAGUGGAAUUAAGCGUUCAUGUGAUACACGUUGGGGAUCACACUUUGGUACUUUGGUAAGCUUUAUUAUCAUGUUUUCAUCUAUUAUUGAUGUGCUUGAGGAAAUUACAAAUGAUAGAUUGAAUAGCGAGCAAAAAUAUGAAGCAUCUAUUAUGUUACAAAUAGUGCAAACAUAUGAUUUUGUCUUUAGCUUGCAUUGGGUGAAGAAUAUUCUUGGAAUCACAAAUGAGUUGUCACAAGUCUUACAAAAAGGUGAUCAAGAUAUUUUCAAUAUUGAUGUUCUUGAUAUGAAUCAUAUGUAUUGUCCUCAAGGGAAAUCACGGCGCAAGGCUCCAAAGCUUACAAAGUUUCACUAUUUUCGUGUUGAUUUUUUCAAUACAGUGAUAGAUUUACAGCUACAAGAGCUAAAUAGUCGUUUUAAUGAGGCUAAUACUGAGUUGCUACUUUUUUUAGCGUACUUAUCUCCAGCUAAUUCAUUUUUAGCAUUUCACAAGGAAUAG